ACCCUCCCGACCGAACACCUCUCCCUCCCGUUGUGAUUUGAUCACCCGAUCGUCCGAGAACCAUGACGCGGUGCAUGCCCGCCCUCACCACGCCCCUCGUGGCCGCCUCCCUGCUGCUGCUGGCCCUCGCCGGCGUCGCCUCGGCCGACAAGGGCCCCGGCUUCGUCGUCACCGGCCGCGUCUACUGCGACCCCUGCCGCGCCGGCUUCGAGACCAACGUCUCCCACAACGUCGAAGGGGCGACGGUGGCGGUGGACUGCCGGCCGUUCAACGGCGGCGAGAGCAAGCUGAAGGCGGAGGCGACGACGGACAAGAACGGCUGGUACAAGAUCGAGAUCGACCAGGACCACCAGGAGGAGAUCUGCGAGGUGGUGCUGGCCAAGAGCCCCGACAAGUCGUGCUCCGAGAUCGAGGAGUUCCGCGACCGCGCACGCGUCCCGCUCACCAGCAACAACGGCAUCAAGCAGCAGGGCAUCCGCUACGCCAACCCCAUCGCAUUCUUCCGCAAGGAGCCGCUCAAGGAAUGCGGCGGGAUCCUCCAGGCAUACGACCUCAGGGACGCCCCAGAGACGCCAUGAAACACCGCACCCACGACGACGUACGUUCGUAUACCCAGGCCAGCUAUAGUUACUUGACGCCGGCCGAGACGAUGUUACAUCUGCGAGCCGACGGAGUGAUGUCGCCGGCGCCCGUCGAGAUGACCAUCGUUUAAUCUUCACGUGCCGCUUCUCUUUUGUUCUUGCUAUAGUAUUCCUGCCCUCUAAUUAUUUACGUGUUGGUUUAAGUGUGAACUAAUUCGAUGGAUCUAUCUAUGUGUAAUAAGAGAACACAAUAUUUCGUACAUGUAUGUCUGAUGUACUAUCCUGUUUUCAUAAAGAGAAAUAUCUGAUGUAGUACAUUCUUCUCGAAAUAAAAUAUCCUUAGGCGAGUUUACUGGAA